AUGUCAGCUCCGCGUCGAAGCAGUCGCAGUGACCCCAGCGGCGGCAUGAAGGACGGCAGCCGUGACGAUGUGUCGGGGGAGCAGCAGCAAAAAGAAGAAUCAGUCACCAACAUAAAGGUUGCUGUGAGAUGUCGGCCGUUUUCGACAAGUGAGCGCUCGAGAGGAGAGCAGAGUUGCUUCCGAAUCGAGCAUGGGACCGCGUGCCUCGAAAACCCGGCAAACGCUAGCGAUAUCCAGAGAUUCGGGUUCGACCUCAUCUACGGCGGGGAUUCUAAGCAAAUAUCCGUCUGGAAAGAUGUCGGUGUUCCAGCCAUGGAGAAGGCCUUCGCAGGCUUCAACACGACGAUCUUCGCGUACGGGCAGACAGGCAGCGGAAAAACUUUCAGCAUGCAGGGGGUGGGGGGUGGGAGCGGAGAGGGUGCGGGCAUCAUACCCCGCAUGAACGAAGAGCUUUUCGCGCGGGUGGCUCGUGAAAGAGAGGCUGACGCCAACAAGAUGUUCCUCGUAACUUGCUCCUACUUCGAGAUUUACAACGAGGUGAUUUACGACCUCUUGGACCCGAAUAACCGGAAGCGGAAAGGAGCGGGCCUGGAAAUACGAGAACACGGGGUGCUGGGGAUCUACGUCAAGGGAUUGCAGGAAAUGGUGGUGACUUCGCCGGACAGCAUGCAGCGACUGAUCGACCAGGGCAUGGCCAGCCGCACGGUGGGGAGCACGGCCAUGAACGACACCAGCAGCCGGAGUCACAGCGUUUUCACCGUUAAGGUCCAUCAAAAAGAUGCCACGGAUGAGAGCAAGAGCACCUUCGCCAAGAUCAACCUCGUAGAUCUUGCCGGGUCCGAACGCGCCAAGUCCACCGGGGCCACGGGCGCUCGGCUCAAGGAAGGAGCAAACAUUAACAAGAGUCUCAGCAGCCUGGGCAACGUCAUCAACGCCCUCGUCGACGUCGCGAACGGAAAGAAGGGCGUAUUCGUCCCCUACCGCAACUCCAAGCUGACGAGGGUGCUACAGGAGAGCCUGGGCGGGAAUUCCCUCACGGCCAUGCUCGCCGCUCUGUCACCGGCUGCCUGCAACUUCGAGGAAACCCUGAGCACUCUCAAGUACGCCAGCCGCGCCAAGAGCAUCAAGGUGAACGCCGUGAAGAACGAGGAAGCGUCGCAGGUCAGCCGCCUGGAGGAGGAAGUGAGGGCUCUCAAGCAGAAACUGCUGGCUCACGAGCAGCAGACAGCCUCGAUGGCUUCCCUGUCUUCCCCACCCCCAUCCGCCCCGGCCGGCGGCAACGGCGGCGAUAGCAACGACACGAGCGCGGCAACGGCGGGGGAGGGAGUGGCAGGGGGAAGCGACGGAGGAGACAGGUACAAGCAGCAAAUUGCGGAGAUGGAGGCGGCGAUGAAGAGCACCUGGGAGGAGAAGGCCAAACAGUCGGAGUCCAGUGAGCGGGAGCGACAGCGCCUGCAACAGCAGCUUGACGAAGAGGCGCGGCGCGAAGAAAGGGAGCGCAAGAAACGGUGGCGCGCUUUGGAAGACAAGGGGGAUCUCGAACUGUCGAUCAGGGAAGCCUCGGAGGUCGCGCUGCCCACGCUGCCUUCGAGAGACUGGCUGCGGCAGGUAAGGGCUUUGGUGGCCGCGGAGAACCGCGCCCGUGAAGAGGCCACCGUGUGCACGGUCUACAGAGAAGCCCUCGCGCUGGAGAUCGACGGAGUGUUCUCCGGAGAUCGUUCCUUGUCAGGGUCUUCGUUUUUCUCGGGGCUGUACGGCGGCGACCCCGAUGACGACCGCGCGUCGGUGGCAUCGACAGCCUGCACCGCCGUCUCGGAUCGCGAGGGCGUCCUCAUCACCAGCGCCGCCGCCGCGGCCGGAGACGACGAGGGCACUCAACAAAACCAACCUCGAGGUGCACCACCUGGAGAUGGUAGUGGUGGUGGAGGUAGUCUCCCGAGACAAGCGGUCAAGGCUGCAUCAAGCUACGACCCCGCCCUGUUGCGUCAGCUACAGGCACGACUCACGAGCCUCAGAGACGCGCGAGAGAGGCUCCACGGUCCGCUCGCAAGAGCUGUCGAAGAGAGUUCUAAGAAGCUUUUGGAAAGUGUGGAGUCGUUCUCGGCGAAGUUUGCGGCCUCUCCGCACGAGCACAUCGGCGGCGGCGUGCAACGGCUAGGAGGCGCAGAGAGCAAAGGUGACGAAGGUGCGGCAUCAGGGACAGCAGGACCAGGACCAGGAGCAAGAGGAGAGACGGGGGAGGCUGCAUCCCGAAGGGCGGAGGCCAGGAAGAGCGAGGGAGUCCGCGCGCUGGCCUUGAUCCGUCGGCAGGUCGUCGCCCGUGGCCGCCAGACUCGGCAGCAACGGGGCUCUGGUACUGUGACCAGCGUCAACGGCGAAGCGGCGCUAGACGCUGCCGGGAAACCAAUAGCCGCAGCCAUCGCAGCAGCAGAAGAAGUAGCAGCAGCGGGAGAAGCGGUAGCAAGAGAGGCCAAAGAAGGGAAAUGGAGAACGAGGCCGGCUAAUGGAGCACCAGGAAGAACCGGAGGAGGAAUAGGAGCUGAGGCAGAAGCAGCAGCGUCGAUGGCUGCGACAGUCGGGAACACUCUACCCGCAAGAGCCGCAGACGCGGAGGCGCUCUGCCCCGCCGCUUUAGUCAUCGCGAGAGCGGUGGAGGCCGUACUGUGCGGUACCACCGCAAGUUUCGCGGGCACCGACGGUGACAGCGGCGGUGGCGAAAGCGAAGGGCGAGGCGGACUCAACAGUCCAGAAACAGCAGCACCACCAUCAGCAACGGCGAAGCUAGUGGCGACAAAUGUUGCCGGCGAAGAGAAACGCGAAGAGGUUGAGAUGGUCGCCGAUGGGGAAGACGGGAGUCAGGCGGAGCGAAAGCAGUAUCGCGAAACUCUGGAGGGGCUGGGUAAAGCUCUUGGAACCCUCCGGAAGGCGCUCGAAGCUGCAGCGGGGCAUGACAAGCCCUCCCUUGCAAUCUCCUCCGCGUCAGCAGAUGAGCCUGCCGGGGUCGACAGAGUUUCCAGGACGCAGGGGCCUUCCAAUGAUCAAGCUGGCGGCGGCAGUACCGGUGGUGAUGGACGCAACGUCACGGAAGGAGGGGCAAGGGCAGUGGGUCUGCCGCAGCUGGAAGUCCUGCCCCCUUCGUCGCAGUGGCGCUUUCGGUGCUCCUCGGGGGGGAGCGCGGCGAGCGAGGACGAGAACCUUCACCGGCUGCAAGAACGGGAGGAUAAGGAGGACAGCAAUUGUUGCUGCUUCACGUGGGAGCCGGCGGCGGCUGGGGAAGAUGAUGGGAGGCAGCUUCGUGCUUUGAGUGGCGGCUCCUCAGAUGGGGGUUCCUCCCUUGCCUCAUCUCGCUGCUGGGUGGAGCUGGACUUCGGGAAAUCGGUCACCGUCAAGGGGUUGACUAUUGAACCGCUGGCUAACCAACCAAGUGAGCACUUAGCGGCAGAGGUCGAAAAGGUGCCGCAACAACGUCGGACCCCGGCCUCUAUCGCGGGGUUCGGCAUAGAAGAUGCGGAUGGGUCCGUAGGAAGAACCGAGGUCAUGGUUGGCGAGGUCAUGGGGGGGUGGGGUGGGAUAUUGAAGAGCACUCCCCCUGCUAAGCUCUUGGCCCGACCGCCGGUCAGAUUUCUGUACGAUCUGUUCCGGGCUGUCGCGAAGGCCACCGGGUUUGGAGAAGACGAGGCUUGUGGCUCAAAGUGGGAGGACCUCUCGGGCAAGAAGGACAAGAUGCGGUUUAUGGAGGGCAUGAUCCAGCUGGUGGCCGAAAGCUUGGGGCUAGAAAAUCGUCCCGCGAAGGGGUCCGACAUCGUUGUCGGGCAAGAGUGCGAUGCCACCAACAGGUUUCUCCAGCUGCUAGCUCUAGCCGCACGCCUUCACCAAAACCGCGAGGAGCAGCGGGGGCAUGAGCAUCGUGGCAUCGAUCACACCAACGACGACUCGCGGUGGCAGCCGAGUCGGGCCAAGCACCUGACUAAAGAAGCAGCAGCGGCUGCGGUCGUCGCCACGAGUUUUGACGGAGUUUCGUGGGAGGAAGCGACCUUUGUAGCGUUCGAAGAGGAUGGAGAUGACAUAGCCGGCCAUAUCGAUAACGGUGUCGUCAAAGACUCUCUUCACACUCUCACGCUGAGACUCGCCCGGGCAGCAGGGGUGAGGUGUCGCCACCUCCGGCUGUCGUGGCCCGCCAAACCAGCCAGCAGCAGCGACGGCAGCAGCGACAACGACGCCGAUACCACCAACACCCCUACCUCGCCCGACCAAGCCAGCGACACAGCAGCAAGCAUAACCCAUGCCGCGCCAGCUUUCGACCCUGGUGCAUCCGCUCCUGAUCACGUCCGGGGCGGUUACCGUCCCGAUGCCGGACAGCUGUUUUUGGGGGUAAAGGCGUUUCGUGUUAGGGUUGUGGGGGAGGGGGUGGAUGGAGGGACCGCCGCCAGGCGUGUUGGUAACGGGCGUGGGAGGGUCCUUGGUGAAGAGGUGGAUGAGGAGGGAGGGGGGCACAGGUUUGCUGGCCGGGUGAAGGGCAGCCGCGAGGAAGCGCAAGAACAAGCGGCGAUGGGCUUGCUCUUGGAGGCGAUGCGCACGGCGGUCGACCGCCUGCUUCGGCAGUCUCUGGAGUGGGGGCGGAUCGAGGCGGCCAAUCAGGACAGGAGAACGGCGAUGCGGACCAACAAGAUGGAGUCCUUGGAGAAACGCCUCAAGGCUUCUAAUGAGGCGAAGUCGCGCCUGGCCAAGGACAAGAAAUCGAUAGCACUCAAGGCGACACGGACAGAAGAGGAAAACUUGAGGCUCCAGGAGCAAGUCCUGAGAAUGAGGGCGGACGUCGGCCGAGAGCGAGUGGAAAAUACUUCACUCGCCGAAGGGCUGGCGCAGGCUGAAACAAGGGUGGAGGAAGAAAAGUCACGGUUGAGAGAGCUAGAAGAUCUCAAACGACACCUCGACAGCGAGACCGAGGACCUUCAAAAUCAGGUUGAGGUCUUGACCGAAGAGAGGGAUGUCGCCCGGUCCCACGAGGAAGAGCUUUUUGCCAAGCUGACAGAGCGAACGGAAGACCUGGAGGCCCUGCAGGAGAGCUACGUCUCCCUCACCGACCGGUGGAACGACUUCCAGGACGAGCACGACGAGGUGCUGGAGCAGCUCGAGAGCUUUAGGGCCACCUUCAAGCUUGCCAACAACAGCAGCAGCAGCAGCACGCCUCCUCCUCGUCCCGACACCACGGAAGACGUCGUGGAAGCGGCAGCACCGCUAGCAUCAUCAACCCCGCAAACCUCCAAAGCGGUACUCAUGGACGGGAAUAGCGCUGACGACAGCAUCAGCAGCAGCGACCCGAGACAAAACGGCGAAGACCACGACGACUACAGCCGCCACCAACAGCUCGGGAUAGGAGGAUCUCCAGAAGGGGUCACCACCAUUCGACCAAUCUCCGAGCCAGAAGGCGGAGGCCGGAGCAGCCACGCUCCUCCCCGACCAGCAAGCGGUCGGAGCGCCGUGGCGUGCGUGGGAACCAACAGCAGCACCGUAUCUCCGCGCGAGGAGCUGAAGCUACGUCUCGGCGGUGUGGGCGACAGCAGAAGUAGCCGUAGUGACAACGCCGAUGCGCCGUCGAAAGGGGGGAGAGAUCGAAGCCCUCGCCGAUCUUCCCCCUGUCGGCCGCCGUCCUUCGAUUCAGCUGUUCCGUCUCCCCAUCAAAGUUCCAGCCCUCGGAUGUCGGGGUCGGCAUGUGACGCUGAACUAGGGAGCGCUGGGGAAACCCAGGAGGCAUCCGGGCUAAGGAGAAGGUGGAGCACCGAAGACUGUGCUGGUUAUCGCGGCGGUUUGGAACAAGGUGGGGAUGCCGAAAGCGGCUGCGGAACGAACGGUGCUAGGCCACCCGCGACAGUUGUUGGUGGCGGCGGUGCAAAUGAUGGCGGCCGCGUCGACUUAGAGGAGCGAGUUCCGGGCCGCGGCGAUGAUUGCGGUAGCAGUGAUGGGGAAAACGAAUUCAAAUCGCGGCGGGGCGAUCCUGGUGGGAAAUCGGUAUCCGCUACCGCUUCCGCUUGCACGGCGGGACGGAACCCCGGCAUUCUUCAGGCGGGAGACUCAGGGGGCUAUUACGAAGACGACUUCGACGAAUUUGUGGAAGAGGGGUCCGAGGAAAGCGUGCAACAGACUCGCCAGACACGGCCCCAGAGCGCCGUGGGACAUCAGAAAGAAGAGGUGUGUCCUUCGCGCGGCGCCAGUCGUGAGAAGCAAGAGCGAAACGUGAACGGUGGUGGCGGCAGCCAACCACCGGCCGAGAUCGUGUAUCGCCCCCCAUCUAGCGGAAGCAGGGGUAAAGGGGAGAGACCCAAAUCUGCUGCGAGACAGGGGAGAUCGGCGAGCUUGAACGGGGCAUAG